GCGAGCGUGGCAGCUGAAAACAAGCAAGCGCUCCAUUGUGACUGGGUUGCUUACGAAGGAGAGUCAUUUAUGUGGAGCCAAAUGGAAUGAAAGGAACACGUACGGACAAUCACUCGAUGUCAAAUCACAAAUAGCGAGAGAAAACGAACAUUACACUUGGCAAUGCACCUGUGAAGACGAACUCAUCUCUCGGCUGGAAUUGGGUUAGUGCGGAGAGCCCCAUUGGGUUUCAACGGCAGAGUGCACGCGACACUUGAAAAGAAAAAUCGAAAAGGAUAUCGACGAUUAACUCAAGAUCAGAGUUGGCCAAAGUGGCUGGCUGAAGAUUGCGGCCACACGCAACGCCGUGCCAUCGGUUCUACCCCACCGUAUCUAAUUGUUCUUAUUCAGCAAUCUGGAGAAAGACAAAACCGUGGACAUCUGGACGACCAAAAGGCCAAGGACAAACGCUAGUACCUACCCCAGACCGCGUAAACAGGGUUUAUUUCUUACUGACAUCACAGAGGACACCAACUCCAACCAUAUCGACGUCACCGGUGCAACACAAAAUGCCACUGGCUGAUUUCCUGUUUUACAUGGCCGUACUACUGGGGUUAUCCACAGUAGUCACAAGCUCACCGGUACAGACUCCUCUCGAAAAAGCUGCCGCUGCGGCGGCGGCCAGCGUAACGGGAAGCGAUGUUCCCUUCGACACACCUGCGAAUCAACUCUUUCGCGAUGCGGUUAGGGUGGUGGACACGAUGAAAGACUUCUUGGCAGCGCUGAGUGACUUCGAGCAAAUCCAGGUGGGUGAGGCGGCAAGGGAGGAUGAAAUCAGGCUGAACAGUGUCAAGAGAGGUAAUAACGGAUUCCGAGUCAAUGGAUGGAAAAGAAAGAGACGGAGCACGAGGGAACGAGAUAUUCUAGCUGUGGCCUUCACGAAUAAACUAGAUCACAAGGCUGCUGACAUGGUUCACAAGAUAUACACAUUCCUCGGAGAUCUACAAACGGGCAUCAAUACCAUGGGGGGACUCGAACCGCGAACCAUGUGAUCCACAAUCAGGUGA